AUGGCCAACCAUCGAGAACUUGUAGGCGCUCAGAAAAGACUGAAGUCUUCUACGUCAGCAGGAGAGCAGGUUACUGGCACCGACAACGCUGAACCACGAGAGACGCGAAGAAGCUCACGCCUUCAAACCAGAUCGCAACCUAAGAGCAGUGAGAACCGAAGGAGAGAACUGGAAUCUACCCCCCCUAAACGUCCACAGUCCUUCAAGAAGCCCGCAAGGUCUUCCUUGAAGCGUAAGCGAGGGCAAGACGCCGAUCAUCUCUCUCAAACAGAAGACCUGCGUUCUUCAAAACGACCACGAAUACCCCCUCAAAGCACGGCAGAAGCACAAUGGAAGGUAGAAAGGAACACCGGCACAGCUGUCGCUGAUCCGCUCAAGAACUGGGUACUGAACAAGAGUUGGCCAAACGAAUACUUCAAACAAGAUAGUCAGGCCAGAGAAGACCUUUUUGAAAGGGACAGCUGGCUAGAGGAGCAGACAGACCAGCCGCCUCCUCCAACUGUCCAGUAUGUGGAGAUAGAUGGAUUCCGAUACCCACGGCCCAUCCAAAAAGGCCCUCCUUCCCUUCGCCGGAAGCAGUCAGAUUCGAGCCUGACUGGAUCUAGCGACCAGCAGAAGAGGGAAGCCAAGAGUGCUCCAUACCGAGAUACACGGUACACUACCUUGCUUGCGGCUAAGGGGAGUUACAUGGAAAAGUCUCAUCUGGGCAUUACAGAUUCGAGUCUAAGCAGCUGUAAGGCACUGUUGAGCCUAGAGCAGACAGCCCCGAACGACUCCCUAUUCCGAGACGACGUAUUUGAGGAGACAUGCCGCAGAGUACAGGGCAGGAACGAGGCCCGAAUCAUCCGCAGCAUCUCGCCGUAUAUUGUACCAUCGGUGGAGGACAUGGCCAUCUUGGGCGCUGCCAAGUUGAGCUGCUUAAUUGAGAAUGUCAAUGAAGCGUGGGUAGGUAGUAUUCCAGUGGAGGGCCCAAGGCCACAGCCGGACUAUACCGUUGGAUUCGGUCGAUCUGCAUUCACAGACGAACAGCUGCGCAAGCUUGACCCUCUUGUUGGAAGCGUCUUCGAUACCUCAUUCUUCGUCGCAACCUACCGAAUGUACUUUCCAUUUCUCACCUCUGAAGUGAAGUGCGGCGCCGCAGCGCUUGAUACUGCCGACCGACAGAAUGCACACAGUAUGACGAUCGCUACAAGGGGUAUCGUCGAGCUCUAUAAAGCGGUAAAGCGUGAAAAGGAACAUGCUAGGGAAAUCCUCGCCUUUUCGGUCUCACACGAUUAUAGUGCAGUUAGGAUCUACGGUCACUAUCCUAUAAUUGAUGGAAGCAAAACCACCUUCUACCGUCACCCGAUCAAGAAAUUUGAUUUCACGAGCGAAGAAGGUAUAAAUAAGUGGACAGCCUACAAGUUCACCAAGAAUGUCUACGAUGUCUGGAUGCCAACCCACCUCGAACGCAUCUGCUCGGCUAUCGACCAGUUGCCUCCUAAUCUGGAUUUCCAAGUUUUUCCGGGAUCUGGAGUGCAAUCUGCGGGGCAUCUAAUGUCGACUCUGCUUCACAGCCAGGCCAAGGAGAUAGGGAUCUGA